ACGUCGGGGACGGUGGGCGACGGCGACGGCGACGGAGACGGUAUUCUCGGAUAAUCUCGGACGCCCACAGGUUCUCCUAUGUGCUAUCUCCGCGCGGACGUCGCGCGAUUACGUUUUGAGACACCUGGGACUGCCGCCGCGUGUCACCCCGACAAUCAUGGACGUUGACUGUCCGAUCGUUAGUCUGAAGCGAUCCAGCAGCGCGCCGAUGAUUAAUGAGAUCAGCGCGACCAUGUCCGUUACUACACCGUCAACAUCGUCGUCAAGGGAUGCUGUGUCAACCUAUAAUAUAUUUGCAAAUUCAACUCGUCUACGACGUUUUAGUACCAGUAGCCCUGGUAAUGCUCCUAGAUUGACACCACGUGUGAGUCAGUUAAGACAAGAAGAAUGCGUGGAUGUCGCUGGCCGAGAGGCAGCACACGAGAAGGAAAUUCAUAGUGCCAUGCAGAUAUCGCAAUCAUGGGAGGAUCUCACUUUGGAGGCGGAAGGAUUAUCAUUCAAGGAUUCAGAGUCUCCCACGCAGCAGCUUAACAAAGUAGAACGAUCAAAGAGGCCAUUGGAUCCUUUAAGUUUAAAUCUGUCUAUCACCGGCUCACCAUUGUGUUCUUCACCUUCCCCCACAAGAUCUGGAUUUAAUCAAAGACAGUGUUACUCUCCUGGAAUUCACAUCUGGAAGAAUAAUUUGUCUCCUAGUCCUACGAGAAAGGCAUUUGCUACGAGGCGCAGUUUAAGUCCUAUCGCGAUAAGGCCAAGCUGUUUAGGACCAGUCAAAAGAAAAUUCGAAUUAGACGAAGCUGGAAUGGAUCACAGUUUACAACCACCUGCAAAACGUAUUUCUGGUUUAUUGACGUCAGUUGCAUCCAGAUUGGAUGCUCUGUCCAGUCCCCUCCCUGGAACUAUCAGUUCCGUGGGCACACCCGAGUCGUUAUCGAGCGCGGAUUCACCUAGUUUCUCUUUUCGGCCUGUGGAUAGUCCAUCACCAGUUCGCGUAAAUCCGAACAGCGACAGCGAAUCUUUAUCAGACUUGAGCAAUCAAAGCAAAUCGAUGGAUCAAAUACGUGCUGAUCAGAUCAGUCAGGAUAAUCACAGAUGAACAUAAGAAAUUGUUGGACACGCGAGAGCUUGGAAAUUUGACGUGUCAUAUUAAUCUUUUUCGGCAUAUUGGUGUAAAGAAGAAAGUAUUUGUAUCUCGCACGGAUCCAAAAAUCGCGAGCAUAUCCUUCUUGUCAGUCUUGUUAUUUGUCGUUCGUAGACAAAGAACAGUAGUGCGACAUGAAUUUCUUGAAACUUUAGUACAAGUGCAAAAUAAGUUUAGAAGAGCACUUUUAAAUGUGCAUCUCUAAUAUUUUUUCGAUGUACGAAUAAGCGUAGCGCCAACAGUGUUCUUUCCCUUUAAUUAAAUGUUAGCUACACAUAUCGGUGAAAAAACACUUUACGUGCCCUCGUAUCGUUCCAUCAUAUUCCGGAGUGAAUUAUUUAUGUCCUCUAACUGGAAUGAUUUAUUUAUCUUUUUUUUCGUAUAAUUAGCGCUAUAUACAAUAAUUCUGUAUGUAUCGAUUAAUGUAUACAAAACAAUGCCUUUUCUUUCGCUAAUUGUAUACU